AUUCUCAAUCUGCGACGACUACCAGACGACGGUAGGCGAUGAAAUGCAUCGUCCUGAAAUCUGAAGCAAAUUGCGUUCUUCUCGACUAAAAUGGACAAAAAUUGAAUUCAUCUUCCAACGCUAACUUUUCUGUUGUUGAAGAAAAGACGAAGGAAAACGGAACUUAACAGGAGCGUGUGUCGAACCACGCGGAAAGCAUCAUCACAACUCCCCAGUGCUCUCGAGAGAAACCCCAGGGCUUGCUCAAUCGACUAGUCUCUGGCUAGACUUGCUUGCUCUUUGUGCCAGCGCCAUUUUGAUGUGCGCUGUCACCAAGUCAUGGCUCUGCAUGGUGUGUUUGCCAAUGACCUCCAAUUCGGCAAAGGCGUCGAUUCUGAUCAAGCUCAAGAUGAUGAAAGGGAUAACGUAGAUGAUGCAGAUUUAGAGGAAGGCGAAAUCGCUUCUGACGAUGAAGAAGUCCCCCAAGAAGAUAAAAAGAAAGAAGACAAAACGGAGGUUAAAUCUACGGCGAAUAAAGGCGAUGUGGCCAAGGAAGAUUUUAAAACGGUAACACUUAACCAAAGCGAGAGACAGGAUUCUCUCAACUUUAAAACUACAGGAGCCAAUGCCGAAAAAAGACGAGAUAAACGGGCGCCAUCUAACACCAACAGCAGCCGGACACGCAAACGAGCGGGAGAAGACGACGUGCCUAGUCACCGGGAUUCCCAUCGCAAACGAAGACGAACACAGGAAGCAGAUAACGAAGACGUUGAUGAUGGAGAAUAUGACAACGUGAAUGCACGGGGGCAUUCGCCGAUCGAGCGGCUUCAGAGAUAUGGCGGAGGUGAAUCAGCUGGAAGCGACUACGAGGAUAACAAUAUGAGCUCAGUUCGUCGUCAGCGUGGGAAUGAUGCGAGAUCCAGAAGAAACAGCCCGCCGAGACGAAGACCCGCCAGUGGUGGUGGUCGGGAUCGUGGAGGUGAUAGAAGGCGACCGGAACGGGAUCGUUCCGAGAGAGAUCGAAGAGCAGCAAAGAACAAUCCUCCUCAAUCCAACAUGUCCUCCAAUAAAAUGAAAGAGGAAUCCAUCUGCGCAUUUUAUAUGGAGGGGAAGUGCUCAAGAGGAAAUGAUUGCCCCUACUCUCACGCCGCCCUUCCACCCCGCAAAAUGGAACUUUGUAAAUUCUAUUUGAUGGAUUGCUGUGCCAAAAAGGAAAAGUGUCUUUACCUUCACAAAGACUUUCCUUGCAAGUUUUUUCACACAGGCAAAAAGUGUCGACACAGUGCGGAAGAGUGCAAAUUUAGCCAUGAGCCACUCUCGGAAACAAUGCGGGCAAUCUUAAUCAAGCACAUUGAAACAGCACCUCGAGAAAUUCUCGGAGAUUUUCCCAGACUCACUCGCGAAGAAACUAUUCAGGCCAUCGACCACUUCUCACCACUACCCAAUGGGCGUGAAAAACGGCCUCAUGUUCCAGUUCUGUUCGACCAGGCUGGAAACCAAUCAACCGGUGGGAAUACCAACAAAACUGAAACCGUUCAAAAAGAUGCCAGUAGGCAUCACAACAAUGCACAGCUAGCAGAAAGAAACGACGAUUGCACCCGUCGAGUAGCUUUUUAUCAGGAUUCGACCGUGACAGAAGCAGAGCACGGUCGUGGAGAACAGCCGGAGGAGAACAGCCGAAGUAUCUGGUUCGGUCAGUUGCGGCAAGAGAGGACGAACGAACGGAGUAAUUCCCAAAAUCCAGUUGAUGAAUUACCGAGAGAAAAGAUCGAGGAGCAACACUAUUCUCCACCAGCAGCAGCAACAGCAGUCAAGGAAGAAGAACGACAACAACCUGUUGAUUAUUUAUCAAAGCUUCCAGCCAGACAGCGCCAACUCUACCGUCGCAUACAACAGCAACAGCGGGAACCAGCUUCUACCCAAGAAGGAUUAGAUCCACGGAAUGAGAAAAAUUCCAUGGACGACAAGUGGUAUUCCAGCGACGAAGAAGAGACGAGCGAAUCCAUUACCGACCUUUUAAAAAGCAUCCGACAAAAACCUGAAGUACACGACGACAAAGAAGGUUCAGCUCCUGCGCUUACCAAUUUGAAUUUAACUUCGCUGGAGAACAUCAACGUGGCUGAAAUCGCCAAAGCCCUGUCAUCUUUGCAGCAAAAUCAAACUUCAUCAGGCGAGUAUGGCGGUAGCUCUUCGGGUCCCGAAUCCACCAGCAGGAGAGAUCCUCGCACGCGUGACCCUCGUGUGCGAAGUAGCGCCCAAGUAUCAACCUCCAGUGUAGGAAUGGGUGACAUUGACCUUCGGGUCUCUGCAACGUCUCGCCAAGACAUUGAUUUGAGAUUAGACAACCGAAUAACUGCGGAUGUAGAUCUACGAAGUGGCCUGGUGCCACCACUCGGAAAUCUUGAUGACAUCGGAUCCUCUGACGUUGAUCUCAGGCGCCUCUCCUUACCUUUCAAGUCGGCACCAGUCCACAAGCCGGCUCCCGAGAUAGAAGCCUCCAUCACCACUCGACCUCCAAUGGAAUAUCAAGUGUGGCUGGUUGAUUACAUCCCACUCGAUUACAGUCUCAUACGAGUGCAGGCCAAUUGGGCUCAUUUAGAUCCACGCCAGCAAAAGGGAAGUGCUUUUGUCCGUGAUUUUACAAGCACCGACCCUCCUGCAAUACCGCUCGGCCCGGCUAGUCCUGAUCCUGUUCCCGUUGCAGCUCCCAUCCGACAUUACGAGCCAGAACCAUCAACUUACAGCCCCCUACGAGCGGCUCCAAAUGAUCCGCGGGCUCGGGAUCCACGCCGUGUAGCUGCCCCACAGUCACAUCAGACGUCGAUGCUCCCAGAUAAGCGAGGCAUUUCUGGAGGUGUUGGAUUACUAGGAGCUGCUCCACCGGGUAUGCUUCCUUUACUUCCGAAAGGAAGUUCUCUAGAUAUUUCGCCGCAAGACACGUCUUACGCUAACUUCCGGAACGUCAACCCAUCUUACGGCGAUCGGAAUGCUAGUGAUGAAUUGAAUCAGCCAUCACGACAGGUGGAAAACCGUCGGGAUCCGCGCCAACGGGAUCCACGCCAACAAAAGAACUCGCCAGCUAUUGCCGACUCGUCGGAGAGAUCGUACACCCCUCCUCCGAAUGAGCGAGUCUUCCGUUAAGCUCUUAUGAUUUACAUGUGGGUAUCGAACUUGUGUAUUUUGUUGAGUGAAUUAGUUAAAACGGUCUUGACAUUUGCUUAAGAAUAUUUGGCUGAACCAUUUCUAUACUUGGAUUCUUCGGAACUGUACAGCGAUAUAAUGUUCUACGCUUGAUUGGAUCACAAUUCCACCGUGUCUCAUUUGUUUGAUAUACACAUAAUCAUUAUCCGAUCAACGAUUAUGGCAUUGUUUUUUCAGUCCUCUGAUGAAAAGCCAUUAUUUCAUUUCAUACUCGUUUUAUCCGCUAAAUUACCAGGAUUUUUCCCGAUUUAAUAUGUUCAUUUUUGAUGUUGAUAACAUGUAUUGGAUCCUGUAGACUUAGUUAAGCAAUCUGUACAAUCCGUGAGAAGGUAACCAUACACUUUUAUUACUACCUA